AGUGACAGUCGACAAAUCAAAAUUACUAAUAUUUGGGCGUACAGCUUAAAGAAUUUUGUUAAAAAGUGUCCUUUAAAUCAAAAAUGGAGCUCCAAGAUAUAUAUUACAACAAAUCGGAAUACGUUGAAACUGCAUCUGGGAAUAAAGUAAGUCGGCAAACAGUUCUCUGCGGAUCUCAGAAUAUUGUAUUGCAUGGUAAAGUUAUUGUACAGAGUGAUGCCAUUAUAAGAGGUGAUCUAGCAAAUGUUAAAACUGGCAGGUUUUGUAUUAUAAGUAAAGGCUCUGUCAUACGUCCACCGUUCAAGAAAUUUAGCAAAGGAGUGGCAUUCUUCCCACUUCAAAUGGGUGACCAUGUAUUUGUUGGUGAAAAUACAGUUGUAAAUGCAGCAGUUGUUGGCUCUUACGUGUAUAUUGGAAAAAAUGUAGUCAUAGGUCGCAGAUGUGUACUGAAAGACUGCUGUAUGAUUGAGGACAACUCGGUGUUGCCAGCAGAAACUGUUGUACCUUCAUUUGCUAGAUAUUCCGGGAGUCCUGCAAGACAUAUAACCACUCUACCAGAAGCAACACCCGAUCUUAUGACAGAGUUUACAAAGAGUUAUUACCAGCAUUUUGUUCCAAUAACAGCCAAUGCAUAAGUGUGGUUGAUAUAGUUAAGAAGCAAAAAAUAUUUGUUUAUUGAUAAGAAAAGUAUUCCAUGAUUAUUGCUUUAUUGAAUUGUUUUAAUAUUCCACUAAUUUUGUACUGAAAGUAAGCUGAUUAAAUAAUUUAUUUACUGGA